AUGAGGAAGGCCAGCUGUUUAAUAUCACAUGGUUGCUCGCUGAGGCCAGAGCUCCAGUUUGGGACGAAUUAGUUCUGCUGCUGAAGCUCAUCAGCUGAGGCCUAAGAGAAAGAGAGAGAGAGAGAGAGAGAGAGAGAGAGAGAUGCCGUGGUAGUUCAUCUUACUGUUUUUGUGCCAUCUCUCUCCUCUCUCUCACACAUACACACAGGCUACACGCAGUAGUAUUAAAACAUGAUUUACAAUAAAGUAACUACAAUCAGUCUAUCGAAAACGGAUGACCAGGUUCAACUUUCAGAGGUCCAUCACAACGGUGUAAAAACGUCAUUCAGCAGCAGAGGGAGCCAGCUUGAAAUGUCUAAUGAAUUGUUUCAUUUUAUUCACAUACAUUUCAGCCAAAAUACUUUUCUGUCAGGACUGUAAGAGGCCUCAGGAGUAAUUAUUCUACAAGCCAGAUGGUGUACCCACACUCCCUAAUUCUAUUCUUAGCUCUGAUGGAACAGCAGCGAGUGCAGCCCUGAAACGGGGUUCUCUUCGAUGUGCUUAAUGAGCAGUAUAGGAACAUUACAGAGAACAGAGCAUGUGGUGUGAGAAUUAACUGGGUAAUCAAAAGUCAGCAGUUUCCUAGGUGGCACUGGUUUGAGAGGUGACACCUGCAUUAAACGGUUCAAACGAUAUAUAUACACUUAAACUUGUAGCAAGCGGAAUCUGGUUCGAUCAGUAAAAUCAUUAUUCACCGCCAUGUGGAAAGCGUGACCGAAUCGCUGCUCUCUCGAUUAAGUUGGGGCAUUUGAAAUGUAUAAGUAAUAACACAAGGUGGUCUAAUAAUAUUAAAACUGCUGGACACAGCGGUACCAAUAUUGGCUAAUACAUUCAGUACUGGCUCAGAUCAAAUAUGUCAUAUUGCAGCUUUUACGUUUAGGAGAAAUAUAAAGCGUGCUUUCAUAAUAGUCUGUCCUCCAUAAUUAUCUAACUAAUUGUGUGAAAAUAUCGGUGUCGACUGAAUAACUGAGUGACUAAUUAUUUCAGUCAUAGGUUACCAUAUGCCAGGUCAAACGUAUAAAACAAAUGAGCCUACCUGAUCAUUCUAUGAUGUCAACUUUUUUCUUUAGUUGACUGUUCACGGUGCACUUUAUGGUCAUGAAUAUUUCUGCCCAUGGUGUGUGAUAUAAUUAUUAUAAUUAUACAGAUUUCAGUAUUUCAGUGUGUAUUUUCCAUAAUAAAUUGCAUGGUUUUGUUAUUGUCUUGCUUACGAUAAAUCUCAAAAAGUGACCACAACAAACUACAAAUACAAUUCAAGCGCACCAAACGAAACAGUGUGGGUAUGGAACACCACUCACUGACCACUCCGUGCUUCGCAUUUUUUGUGUCUGAGCUGAAGGGAAAGGACAGCUGCCUUGACAAGACACGUUACGGUACUUACAGUGCUGAGUUCAUCCAUACCAUAAAAUCAAAAUCUAUCAGGACACAUAGAAGGCACAGCAGUAUUGCAUAAAACUGAGCAGAUAGAAGUAGGCGAAAUAGCCGACAAGAGUGUCAGGCUAUAACGAAUUUAAAUAUUAAGUUAGUUAAAUUAAUGUUGACUUUAUUCAGGUCUGGUUUCGACAAGCUUAUUUCACGACCUCAGCUCAUAUCAUGUGCAUUUCCGAUACGAUUUUAUUUUGUCAAGCCUUUGAGUGGACUGCUGAAUUACACAAAGCAGAUGAAUUCUGGAUCGCCUAUCAAAUUUUGCUUUGCUGUCAAUGUGUGGCUGCUCCAAAACAACUGUGUUGGUUGCGAGUCGAUUCUGUUUCAGCAAUGAUCACGUGGUUUGCUUGACAUCGGCUCCUUGCCUCCAAAAUGAGUAGUAGAAUGGGGGAGAGGGAGAGAGACUUCUUAGUUGCCAAAACAGUUGAACUGCAAAAUGGGAAAUGGCGAUGCGCUCAGAGGAAAGAGAAGCCUCAAAAUAAAAGGAAUACGAUCAGAUUUCAGAAGUAUCGUUUUGUCGCCUUCUUUUAAACAUUGUCCAUGAAAAUCUCUUGGUGCGCUGCUUCUCGAGUGAGUACAAAAUGGACAGACAUUUAUUAUAACCUCUCAAAUCGUAGCGUAUUUUAAUGUGUGUUUGUGUGUCAGUUGAAGUUCCAGAUGAAAUAAACGAAAGCUGGAUAAUGUGAAACAAUCUUUCUUAGAACAGGUUCCUCUGAAAAAAGAAACCUACUACUUCUGCUUGGGUCCUCCGCGACGAGAAGCACACUCGCGAACUAAACGUGUGGAGUAACACUUCUGUAUUUCUACGUUUUGGUAUGUGCAUCAGCAAAAUGAAAAAAGUCACUCCACACACUGGUCUUACUCUUGAUUCAGAGGAGCACAAACGGACAACCUCGGGACACUGACCAGCGGUGAUCAUGAUCUGGAGCGCAGAAACAUAAUCACCAAUUACGCACGACAGAGGACUGGUACAACUAAUGCCUAACUUGUGGGGUGUCUACAUAGAAAGUAACACCUUCGGGACUCACAGCAGUCCAAUGCACGCUUGUUUUGACACAUUUCAGUUAAGACGAGAGAGAAAAGGAGAGUAAGAGGGCGGGAAAAAAAGAGACCUACGUGAAUGUGGGGUGAUGCCCUCCCCUUGCCAAAUUUCUACCCCCCAGAUGGUGACACUCCUUCAUAACCCCAAUCUCUCAGCUCCUCCAGCAGACUCCAACAGCCAUCUGAACUCUCUCAAUCCUGCUCGCUUAAUGGCGACAUUUUAAUGAAGCAGCUGUUCGACACCGCGCAUGAAUGAGACUGAGUAUAUGACGAAAAGUAAAAUAUAGCAAAGUAUCAAAACCAUUGUAAAAUACCCUCUUAAAAUCAGGGUGUGUUAGUUUAAACACGGGAGUUUCUCCCACUCCCAACCGCGCACCUUGCAACCCCUCCUGUAUAUGUGCGUUGUUCUGGAUCCCAGAGCGCACACCCAGCCCUCGAUGGUGAUGCCAUGCCCCGCAAUCACAGCGGAGAUGAGGGCAGUGGCACAGGGCUCUGGAUGAAGACAUUGCCGGGCCGACGAGCUCAGGAGUACGGAUUGAAAGAUGUGGAGUCCGGUGAGAGUGCAAUGAACAACGCGGCGAGGAUGGGAGACGGUCUGCUGUCGGCAGGAGGUGGCGGUUCCUCGCCAGGGACGACAGGUGCAGGAGGCGCGGAGUGCCUGAGAAGGAAGCAGGGCGCCCGUCUGAGCCUCCUCGGGAAGCCGCUCAUAUACAGCGCGCAGAGCGGCCGAAGGAACGCCCGCUACCGCAAGCUCCAGAACUACCUCUACAACGUCCUGGAGAGACCAAGAGCUUGGGCUUUCGUCUACCAUGCUUUUGUGUUCGUCCUGGUCUUUGGCUGCCUGGUUCUGUCGGUGUUGUCCACCAUUCCGAUGUAUCAGGACAUGUCCGCUCACUGCCUCCUCAUACUGGAGUUUGUGAUGAUCGUGGUGUUUGGCCUGGAGUACAUCAUCCGUGUCUGGUCAGCGGGUUGCUGCUGCCGCUACCGAGGAUGGCCGGGGCGACUGCGCUUCGCCAGGAAGCCAUUUUGUGUCAUAGAUGUCAUCGUCCUCAUUGCGUCUAUUGCCGUAGUUUCCGCUGGUAGCCAAGGCAACAUCUUUGCGACAUCAGCAUUGCGAAGCCUUAGAUUCCUGCAGAUUCUGCGCAUGGUACGCAUGGACCGACGGGGUGGCACCUGGAAACUACUGGGAUCUGUAGUUUAUGCACAUAGUAAGGAGCUGGUGACGGCCUGGUAUAUCGGCUUUCUGGUGCUCAUCUUCUCCUCCUUCCUGGUCUACCUGGUGGAGAAGGAGUUCAACAAGCAGUUCGCCACCUAUGCCGACGCACUCUGGUGGGGCACGAUCACCCUCACUACUAUUGGCUACGGGGACAAGACUCCACAGACGUGGACAGGACGACUGCUCUCGGCUGGCUUCGCUUUGCUCGGCAUCUCUUUUUUCGCCCUUCCUGCGGGCAUCCUAGGUUCAGGCUUUGCUCUGAAGGUCCAGGAGCAGCACAGACAGAAGCAUUUUGAGAAAAGGAGAAAUCCAGCAGCCUGUCUCAUCCAGUGUGUUUGGCGUAGCUAUGCGGCUGAUGAGAACUCGGUUUCCAUUGCUACCUGGAAGCCUCAUUUGAAGGCUCUGCAUACCUGCAGCACUGUAAAGAAAGACCAGGGGGAGACCACUACCAGUCAGAAGCUGAGCUUUAAGGAGCGCGUGCGGAUGGCCAGCCCUCGCGGCCAGAGCAUCAAGAGCCGGCAGACGACGGUGAAUGACCGGCGCUCGCCCAGCACCGACGUGAACGUGGAGGGAACCAGCCCGGCCAAAGUGCAGAAGAGCUGGAGCUUCAACGACCGCACACGCUUUCGGCCCUCACUCAGGCUCAAGAGCCAGUCACGCACCGUGCCUGAAGCUGACACUAACCUGGGAGCUGAUGAUGUUGUGGAUGAGCGGGGCUGCCACUGUGACGUGACCGUUGAGGACCUGUCAGCCCCUUUGAAGAGUGUCAUCAGAGCUGUCAGAAUUAUGAAGUUUCAUGUAGCCAAGAAAAAGUUUAAGGAGACUUUGCGGCCUUACGAUGUGAAGGAUGUUAUUGAGCAGUACUCGGCUGGCCACUUGGACAUGCUCUGCCGAAUCAAAAGCCUGCAGACCAGGCUGGACACAAUUGUAGGUCCCUCACAGACCCUCUACAGCAAACCCAAGACCUUUUCCUCCCCUUCCCUGCACUUGUAUUACAGCCAGGCCAGGAGGAAGUACUCUGCCCCAGGGCUCGCCUCAGGCUUGGGCCCACAUCAGACUCUGGGCGCCAAAAACAGGACCCUUUCCUCCCCCUCCUUGCACUUGUAUUACAGCCAGGCCCGGAGGAAGCAGUCAGCUGUUGGGGUGGAUCAGAUUCUGGGUAAAGGGCAGAUCCCAGUGGAUAGGAAGAUGAGAGAUAAGGUCCACCCAGAAGGAGACACGCUCGAGGAUAUGAGUAUGCUGGGUCGCGUGUGCAAGGUGGAGAGACAGGUGCAGUCCAUUGAGACGAAGCUGGACUCGCUGCUGGACAUCUACAGGCAUGCGUUGCAGAAGGGCUCCUCCUCAGGCCUCACACUGGCCUCCCUGCCUCUGUUUGAGCUGGAUCACACCUCCGACUACUCCAGCUCCAUCCAAAGCUCGGAGCACACCUGCCCCACGCUUCCCCCGACGGGCCGAGGGGUGCUCCGCUCCCACAGCGCCAACCUGCCCCACGGCCUGCAGCUCAUCCUGGCUCCUAGCGACUUGAGUCUGGGUAACGGCCCGCCGGGCUAUCCCACGUCUGCGUCCUCCCUCACCCCUUCGCCCCUCCUCCAUGGCCCCUCGCCCUCCUCCCUGGACAGCAGCCUCUACCCCGGCUCGCCACCCCCGAUCUUCACACCCAGAAGCCUCUCUGGGCCCCCGCAGUUCCCCAACCUGGCCAGGCCCACACCCACCAUGCCUGGCUGUCCCGCCGCGUCUCCCACCACCCUUCAGCUGCCCGCAGUGGGAAUGAUCCCUGAGCUGGUCCCUGAGAGUGGGGUGGUUCAGGAGUGCCUGGUCACUGGGCCCACAGAGGCCAACGCAGACAGCAGCGGCGAGGACACCGAGCACCCCAGGAAUGCUGUGAGGCUCAGGAGCCGCCCUCCACGAAGCCCCAAAGAAGACGGCUCCUGGAGGAGACACCUAAGCCUGGACGUGGACCCGCUGCAACUGCUGCGCCCCACCGGGGAAGGCGCCUCCACAGACCGUAACCUGGGGAAGUCCCUGUCAGUGCAGAACCUCAUGCUGCCAUCCAGCACAGACAGCAACCCCACAGGCACCCCCCUCAGCGACUGCGGUGGUGGCAACAACAACAACAACAACGACCACCGCACAAGCCAAGAGGAGCCCUUGGCAAAAUGGGGUGAAACGGAACUGUUCAUCGCAGACAGCAGCGAACUGAGCACGCCAAACAUGGGGACUUUCGACUUCCUCUCUCAGCAGAACACGGACUUAAACUUCGUCUCUGACCACUGAAGCAAGGGAUCGUC